AGCGAGAGCACUAUCCGUACAGCACCCUUAACUUGCGCAGACCACCCGCCGCCCAAGUGCUUCAUUCCGCUGAUUGAUACGGCCAUUUGUUGCCCGCCUCGAGGCUUGCGAGCGACACGGCGCAACACCAGCACAGAACUUUGUCCCCGCCCGACAUCGGGUGCAAAAGGGCUGCUGUGCCUCGUCAUAAUCAAUCAGUGCCAUCCAAACGCCGAAGAUCCAGCCAUUUCUGCCUGGGUGGCUGGCUCGUUCAGAGCGGUGCGGUGCCAAAGCUGACCCGCCACCCUCACUAAAUCCGAACAUCCGGUAAUCGUCCGCAGGGCGUCAGCAUCCAGCCCUCGUCCAGUCCUGACCGAUCGAAUCAGCUUCACGGCCAGGGCGUCCCUCAUCUUGCAUCAACUGGAAACGCUCAUCAUCCAUCUCCAUACGAACACAUUAUCCACGACAUCAAAAAUGGCCUCAGCCGACGCUGGCUCUGGCGGCUCUUUGCCGCCCAACUUCUUCUUAACCCCGCAGCAGCAGAACUUGCUCUUCGCGGCCCUCAAUUCGAACAAGCCACAGCCAAAUGGCGGGGGACUGACUCUUUCGCCCAACUCAUUCGAGACGUCGCCGAUACAGAGCCGCCACGACAACCACCAGCACAACAAUCAGGCCUUCAACGAGAGCCCCUUCCUUGACACUCUUAAUGAGGAUCUUGGAGACUCGAGUUUCGACUUUUCAUUCGCUGACGAUCAGCAACCGCGCAUGAUUGGUGAACUCCCCCAGACAGUCAAAUCGGAACCAUCGGACACAGACCAGCACGAGAAGAGGAGCCACCCGGAUGACGACGAGGAUGAUUCGCAGGACCCCAAGCGAAGGGAGAGCACCGAGAAGGUCCCCAAGAAGCCGGGACGCAAGCCACUCACAAAUGAACCAACCUCGAAGCGCAAGGCUCAAAAUCGAGCGGCCCAGAGGGCAUUCCGUGAGCGCAAGGAGCAGCACCUGAAGGAUCUCGAGACCAAAGUCGAAGAACUUACACAAGCAUCCGAGCAAGCCAACCACGAGAACUCGAAGCUGCGGGCUCAGGUCGACCAAAUGACCACCGAACUCAAGCAGUACAAACAGAGGCUGUCCUUGAUGUCCAACCCCACGAAGCCAGUCGCCAGGAAGGACCACACUUUCGGCAGCUCUGCUGUCGGCAAUCUCGCCGACGUGAACUUCCAGUUCAACUUUCCCAAGUUUGGCGGCAGCCUGCCUGGCUCUACGGCCAACAAGCAGCAUCGCUCAGCCUCACAGCCCAUCAGCCCGCAAAACAGCGUCGUCAGCCAACCGGCCAAGAGUCGCACACUCGAUAACAAAUCACCGUCCACCUUUUCUGAUACCCAAUUCAAGGACGACCUGGCCAAGUUCUCUGGCAUUUUUACGCCGUCCGUGACGAGUUCUGCUGGCAGCGGGUCGAGAGGGAGCAUGGACUCUGCGCAGUAUUCACACGGCGGCGCAACAAGCUCUCCCUCGGCGUCCUCCAACUCGAAUGCCGGGCCGAGUUCGUCGUGUGGAACAUCUCCGGAACCAUUUACACAGUCGCCUCUUGGUUCCAAGCCGAUUGAGACCAUGACAACCAUUGGCGAGGAGCAAUCCAACACAUCAUCGGAGCCGUUUGCCCAGUUUGCGAACAUUGACUUCAACAACAGCACCAACUUUGACUGGCUGGCGAACCAGAAUGGUGGAAGCUUUGAGCCUCAGUUGUUCGGCGACUUCCGCGAGCCUCAGGAGAAUAUUCUGUCGGAUCCUUCCUACGAUGACUUCUUCAACGACGCACUCAACGCGGACUUCUUCACGCCCUUCAACAUCCCACCCGAAUCAUCACUUGGCAAGGUCGACAAUACGCACACGAGCUCGGCACCCAAGGCCAAUCUCAUCGAUGCCAUUGAUGCACAAAAGGAGGACUACGACGAUAGUCUCAAGCCAGCCAAGGAACCCAUGAACUGCAACCAGAUCUGGGAAAAGUUGCAAAAUUGUCCCAAGGCCCAGAGCGGCGAGUUUGACCUGGACGGUCUCUGCUCCGAGCUCACCAAAAAGGCCAAGUGCUCCGGCACCGGGCCUGUUGUCGGGGAGAAAGACUUUGACUCCAUCCUGAAUAAGUACAUGGGCAACUACGAUUCCAAGUGCGUCGCCAACUCGCUCGGCAUUGAGGUCGACCGCAGCACCAAGUCCAACGGCGUUGGCCUCCUUUGAGAGCGACACACUUCCUGGGCUUGCAUUUGGACCACGGUUUUGCAUAGAGGGCGCAUUUUUUCUUUGAUUUUGUACUGUAGGCCCGGGGUGGCCCCGGGCACUGAGCACGGCGGACAGCUUUCGACUGGAACAAUUGGUCGGCAUUUGGGGAGUGGACGAAUCGAGAUACCGAGGGCACUUGACACGCAUGGGCAUACGGGACGGAUCGUCUCUACUUUGUAGAACGGACGCUGCCGUGUCGUGGCUGAGACGAAUAUCACGAUGAAUGAAGUGGAUCUGGGACUGAUCUUGUUGAUUCGGCGCUACACUAGCAACUGGCUAUGAUAUAAUUACAUACCUACUACUCCUACUUGACUUUCCGCGUUCAACGCUGGCGUCUGGACAUGUGCGCACACGGUUAUAGUGACUCCUCCGCUGGACCCAGGUUGUUUUAGAUAAUUGGGGGUAUUUAUUGAUAUUCUUUCAUGACCCAA